CCUGAAGGAUCCCAUUCAUUCCACCUCAUCCUCUUCUGGGCUCUCGUGGCCACUGUCGUAUCAGUUCUCUACCAACUUGCUUGGGACCCCGGACGAGUCUCCUGCCGCUCUGUAGCAGUAAUCAAACGAUUUCCUCCAGCAGCCCUCCGGUCAAACCGCUUCCCCACCGAGGCCUCCAUCCCGGGCCCCCACGCACACACCUGCGCGAGCAGAGCGGCGGGGACACGCUGUUUCAGCAACCCCCCCCAGCCACGCCCCACUUCCAGUGCUGCCGGGCACGGAAGUUCCCCCAUCAAGCCCCCUGCCGCAGUUUCUGUAAGGUGAAAGUGAGGAUCCUGAAUUUCUCAGCCGCUUUGCCCCCUCCCCCACCCCCCUACUGUGGACAUGACCCCUUAGCUGGUGCUUCACAUCCCAGUUUUGGGAUAGAGGUUGCUUUUGGGGACUCAGAUGGAUGAACCAAUGGCUUGUUCUCCCCUGUGUGACCGGUUUCAGGGGGAUAGCUCGUUGAAAAAAUAUGAGCAGAAUUUUAAACUACCAGGCAUUACAAAAGAUAUUGAGAAGCUUUAUGAAGCUGUACCACAGCUUGGCAAUGUGUUUAAGAUUAAAGAUAAAAUUGGAGAAGGUACUUUCAGCUCUGUAUAUUUGGCCACAGCACAAUUACAAGUAGGGGCUGAAGAAAAAAUUGCUCUAAAACACUUAAUUCCAACAAGUCAUCCUAUAAGAAUUGCAGCUGAACUUCAGUGUCUAACCGUGGCUGGGGGGCAAGAUAAUGUUAUGGGAGUUAAAUACUGUUUUAGGAAAAACGAUCAUGUGGUUAUUGCAAUGCCAUAUCUGGAGCAUGAAUCCUUUUUGGAUAUUUUGAAUUUGCUUUCAUUUCAAGAAGUACGGGAAUAUAUGUUUAAUCUGUUCAAAGCUUUGAAACGCAUUCAUCAGUUUGGUAUUGUACACCGGGAUGUGAAACCCAGCAAUUUUUUAUUUAAUAGACGCCAAAAAAAGUAUGCUUUAGUAGACUUUGGUUUGGCCCAAGGAACCCAUGAUACGAAAAUAGAGCUGCUCAAAUUUGUCCAGUCCGAAACUCAGCGGGAAAGUUGUUCACAAAAUAAAUCCCGCGUAAUCACAGGAAACAAGAUGUCACUGAGUGGCUCAGGAGCACCUAAAGAGUUGGAUCAGCAACCUGCCUCAAAAACUUCUGUUAAGAGGCCCUAUACAAAUGCACAAAUUCAGAGUAAACAAGGAAAAGAUGGAAAGGAGGGGUCUGUAGGCCUUUCCGUCCAGCGCUCUGUUUUUGGAGAAAGAAAUUUCAAUAUACACAGCUCCAUUUCACAUGAGAGCCCUGCAGUGAAACUUAUGAAGCAGUCAAAGACUGUGGAUGUACUAUCUAGAAAGUUAGCUACAAAAAAGAAAGCUGUUUCUACAAAAACUGUGAAUAGUGGUACAGUGAGGAAAACUUCCAGUUCUUGCCCAUCUAACCUGACUUGUGACUGUUAUGCAACAGAUAAAGUUUGCAGUAUUUGCCUGUCAAGACGACAACAGGUUGCUCCUCGGGCCGGGACACCAGGAUUCAGAGCACCUGAGGUCUUGACAAAGUGCCCCAACCAAACUACAGCAAUUGACAUGUGGUCUGCAGGUGUCAUAUUCCUUUCUUUGCUCAGUGGACGAUAUCCAUUUUAUAAAGCAAGUGAUGAUUUGACUGCUUUGGCUCAAAUUAUGACAAUCCGUGGAUCCAAGGAAACGAUCCAGGCUGCUAAAACUUUUGGCAAAUCAAUAUUGUGUAGCAAAGAAGUCCCAGCGCAAGACUUGAGAAAACUCUGUGAGAAGCUCAGGGGUAUAGAUUUUAACACUUCCAAAUUAGCCAGCAAAAUGCAAAAGCCUGCUUCUCAUGACCCAGCUUUUUUAGGGAAGACUGACCAGAAUGACCCCAACCAAACACUUCAGGCACAACACUCAGGGAAUUCAUUGUACAGAGGGGACAGCAGUGACUCUGGGGGUCGUUCUGAUGCGUGUGCUACCAACUUAGAAGGCUGGGAUGAGGUGCCUGAUGAAGCUUAUGACCUGCUUGACAAACUUCUAGAUCUCAAUCCAGCUUCAAGAAUAACAGCAGCGGAAGCUUUACUGCAUCCCUUUUUUAAAGAUAUGAACUUGUGAUUAUCAAUUCUUCAUUUGUAUAUUGUGAGGCAGGUUGAAAAAGAGUUCUUUGUGUAAUACUCAUAAGUUAUUGAUUAGAGACCAGGACAAAGUGAAUAAUUUAUUUUUAAAUUGUAGUAUUUGCUCUUGAGGCAGAUUCUGAACUACAGAUUAAGAUUGAUUACCAUGCCUGGGGUCAUUCUUUGGACUAAAGACAGGACCUUUCAGUUAAAGCUUAUCUAGCAUAUUCAGAUUUUUACUUUUCCUAAUUACUUGUCACUGCUCUAUGCAGAUAAAGGAGCAGUGUUGCCCUAAUACAUAGGGAUUCUAUGUGCAAGUCUGUAAAUUAAUGGAUGUUUUAGGGAUUAAAAUAUACUGUGCGGUAUCCAAACUAGGUCAGAAGACUUAGUUUAUUGGUUUCUUCAAGUUGUGAGCUGUGUCCUUUUAAAAAACCUAGCAUGGUUCUGGUAUUCUAUCCAUUCUGUAAGUAAAGAAAAUAAUUUCCUCCCCUGGAGGUGUAUAUAUUACACCUUUUGGGAACACUAAACAAAUACUGAGGAUAUGUGUUUGUCAUGCCUGGUGGUAGGGGGAAUGCCACAUAAAUUAAAUAUAUCCUUUUUUAGAGUACUUUUUAAAGCAUUUUUGUGUGAAUUGCCAUGUUUUCUUAAUGAUUUCUGUCACUUUUCUGCCUUCACUCCCACACAAUACAAUCUUGUAGGAAGUAAUAUGGUGCUUUCCAAAAUACUUCUAGUGUUUUGUUAAGUGUUUAUGUUUAUAGUUGGAAACUUAAAAUGAUGCUACACUGGUUAAAAAGGGACACUUGAGGACCAAGGUGAGGUUAAUAGUUCAGAAUGCAUUUCUGUUUCACCUGUAUGCAGUUUCAUACCAUUUUAAGGCAAGUUAAGUAACUGCUAAAAGGAAAUGGGCAAGCAAAAUUGAAAUGAUUGCACAUUUUUCCUUUAUUUGAAGCCGUCUAGAGCUUUAUAACCUGUUUGACCAAGUUGCCUAUACUCAAGGAAGGAUGAUGAUUGGACACUAAUAAUUCAGCGAGACUGGAUUGGAAAGAGAUAAUGAAGGAAGCAAAGUAGAAAAGGACCUAAGAUAAAAGUUUAUAUAUUACUGUAUGCAAGAAUGAUCUGUAUCAAUGACAGCUAUCAAACUUCUUGUGAUAAGUCAAUCUGGGGUGAGGAAUGACUGCUGAGCUUCUUACUUUGUAGUCAUAGUGUAUAGAAACAGCUUAGAGAUAGGAUGUUCAUUUUGUCAUUUUGAACAUGAAGUCUGUUUACCUACUCUAGUGCUAAAUAUUAUAUGUGUGUGUAUAUACACUAUUACCUUCAAUCUGUUUUCCCAUACUAUGAUUUUUUAAAAGCUUAAAUGUUCUUGAAUUUGUAUGUUUAAUAAA